AUGGCCGGCACUCAGGGGGGAAGUUUCCCUAUUCUCUCCUAUCAACCUCUACGCAUCUUCUAUCAGAUCUUCGGCGCCCUCUUCAUUCUCUUCCCCUGCUUGCCGAUAUGGGCCAUCAAGGCGCUGAUUCCCUCCUGCCGUCCUCACCCGAAAUGGGGCUUCAAACAGGCCCUCAUGGCGCGCUUGACGCGAAGCAUCGUUAAUCUCUACUCGAACGUAGGCAUCACCGAGACUCAUACCCUCAAGCCAGGAAAGGAGGGCGACCGCUUCCAGACCGCCGACCCCUUCCCUUCAGAUCUCUACCUCGGUCCUCUGGCCUCGAACUCUGAUGUGAAGCCCACCACCGUGGGGGGCACUUGGUUCCCGGCCAAGCCGGACGUCGAGAAGGGCUUCGAAGGCAACGUGGUUCUGCAAAUUCACGGCGGUGCCUUUGUGCUGGGUGACGGCCGCACGGGAUAUUGCGGCUUCAUGGCAAACACGCUCAUCGAAAAGGCCGGCGCCGGUGCUGUCUUUGCGCCUCAAUACCGGUUGUCAGGCUACGGCAGCGGUUCCGAGGCCGCCGCGAACCCGUUUCCCGCUGCGUUGCAAGACGUCCUGACCAGUUACCUCCACCUGACUCGGACCCUCAAUAUCCCGCCCAACCGUAUCGUGCUUUGCGGCGACAGUGCGGGCGGCAACCUUGUGAUCGCCCUGCUGCGAUACCUCGAUACCUACGGACCGGACCUCGGAAUUGCCAUCCCUAGCUGCGCGGUGCUCAUCGCCCCCUGGGUCAACCCCUUGGCCAGCUUGGGUCCGGAUUCGGUGUACAAGCAGCAUGAGCACUGGAGCACCGACUACCUUCCCGUCUCGUUCUUGCGCUGGGGCGCAAAAGUGUACUCGGCCGGCGUUUCUGAUGAGGACAUGCCGUAUGUGACGCCUCUUGGCAACGCCUGGGGAACCAAGGUGCCUAUGUUCGUGUCGAUGGGUGAAGCUGAGAUCCUUGAGACGGACGGUACUGCGUGGUGCCGGCAGAUGCAGGAGGCCGAGAGCAGCGUCACAGUAUCGUAUGAGGAGAAUGCUGUUCACGAUACGCUGCUGAUGGGCGCCAUUAUUGGCUGGACCGAGAGCGCACAAGCUGUGGCUACGAGAAUCGGAGAGUUCUUGAGAGGGGUGCAGACCGAGGAGGCGCCUAAGGGUGCGGACGAAGCUUGCAGUCAAAAGACUGGCUCACUCUGUAGUAAUACGUAG